AUGGGGAGCCGCAGCCUGGGUUUGCCAGGCCCUGCACUCUUCCUGCUGCUGGUAUUGCCGCCUCCGCUGCUGAGAGCCGGAAGCUUCCUGCACACGAUCAAGGCCCCCAGAGACAUGAAUGAACCCGGUCAGAGCAGGAAAAGCCAACACCACAACCCCCGCCCACAUGGGAAAGUCCUCCAACCCAACAGCGGUCCCAGCCGCUAUUUACCGGAGACCCGGAUAGACGAGUCCAAAAAAUGCCAGAGUAAUUUUGAUCUUUACUUCAUCUUGGACAAGUCGGGCAGUGUGAACAACAACUGGAUGGACAUCUAUGACAUGGUGGAAGAUUUGGUCAAUAAGUUUGACAACCCAAACCAGCGGAUGUCUUUCAUCACCUACUCCACAGAGGGCCAUACUCUCAUGAAACUCACAUCAGACAGAAAUGAAAUACGUGACAGUCUUGCUGAACUCCAGAAUAUAGUGCCUUCGGGAGCCACACACAUGCAGGAAGGAUUUAAAAUGGCAAAUGAGCAGAUUGAACAAGAAAACACUAAAGGGAAAAAGAUUCCCAUCGUGAUUAUCUCUCUGACCGACGGAACUCUGCUGCCACAGCCCUUUGAGGAUACCAAGUUCGAAGCUGAAGAGUCUCGGAGACUGGGGGCCACUGUUUACAGCAUUGGUGUAAAAGACUAUAGGAAAGACCAGCUGUUGGAGAUUGCUGACAGCCCAGACCACGUGUUUUCAGUGGACAAUGGAUUUAAGGAACUACGAAACAUUGUAGGAAAACUCGCAGCUAAGUCUUGUAUUGAUAUUACAAAAGUGGAGCCUUCCUCCUUCUGUGCAGGAGAAAACUAUGAAUUGAUGAUUACUGGAACAGGCUUUAAUAACGCAAAAAAGAAGGAUGAAGUUAUUUGUAAAUUCAUCUUCAGCGAAAAUAAGUCCUUCAGUAAAAAAGCCACCACCGUGGAGGAAAACACCGUGAUCUGCCCAGGAGUAAAGAUAGAUAAUCCAGAUCAGGUGGUCUUCGUUGAAGUCAGCCUAAAUAAUGGCAUCAACUUCAUCAGCACCGGUGCUAACAUCACGAGCAAGAACUGUGUGAGCCCCAGGGAGCCAGCGAGGAAAUGUAUGGAGUCGUGCCCAACGAUGGUCAUCCCCUGUGGGUGUCAAGGAGGUGGAAUAAGACGGAUAGAGGUGCUGCCCACAGUCCUAGAACUGUGUCCCGGAGUGUGCCCCAGCAGCCGGAGAAACCCCAGCGUUCUGCUCCAGCGCCAUCUCAGCGACUGUCUCUCUCUCCUCUUCCCUGCAGGGCCGGUGCUUCAACUUCACCCUAGUGAAACCCCUCUGCAGGCAGUUGCCCUGCAGCGGGAAGCUCAGCAGAUCUUCCGGCUUGUCAUCAACCUGCGGCUCCUAGCUUUUGUGAAGGAGAAAGGGGCACAGCCCACUGCUGAGAGCUGA